CUUCAGAAAGAGCGAAACUUGAACGAGUGCGGACAAGCUUUGGAAUUUUGCAGUUGUGGACGACGAAGUCGAUAUCAAGUAAAGAUAGUGAAAAUAUUUAAACUACUAGCAAAAUGGUAGAUAAAUUCAUAAGCAUGUGGAAAGUACGCGAAUUGGCUGAUAAAGUAACCAAUGUCGUUAUGAACUACACGGAAAUUGAAGGAAAGGUGCGUGAAGCCACAAAUGAUGAUCCCUGGGGACCCACAGGGCCCCUAAUGCAGGAAUUGGCGCAUGCAACAUUUUCAUAUGAAAGCUUUCCCGAAGUCAUGUCCAUGCUGUGGAAGCGCAUGUUACAGGACAAUAAAUCUAAUUGGCGUCGAACGUAUAAGAGUUUACUGCUAUUGAACUAUUUGGUACGUAAUGGUUCCGAGCGUGUAGUGACAUCAUCUCGCGAGCAUAUUUACGAUUUACGGUCGUUAGAAAACUACACAUUCACCGAUGAAGGUGGCAAGGAUCAGGGUAUUAACGUUAGACAUAAGGUUAGAGAAUUAAUAGACUUUAUACAGGACGAUGAACGUUUGCGCGAGGAGCGGAAAAAAGCGAAAAAGAAUAAGGAUAAAUAUAUAGGUAUGAGUAGCGAUGCAAUGGGCAUGCGUAGCAUGAGUGCACAAAGUGGUGGUUAUAACGAUUGGCGUGCGCAGCGCAGUGAUUUCGGUGACAAUUGGUAUUCCGAUGCACGAGGCGGUGACCGUUACGAGGAUGAAGAUGCGCAGUAUGAAGGCGAGCGGGAGUUCUCCGAUAGUGAUUCGCCCAGCCCAAGGAGAGCAAAUCGCUACAAUGAUCGUUCGAGCCCCGCUGAGUUUGGCAUAGAGGCUAAGCCAAAUUCGAUUAACAUGAAUAUUCGUCCCAAAUCCGCACUUAACAGCACUCCAUCUAGUAUUACAAGGCAGCCAACUGCAAAGCCAGUUGUUGGCAGUAAAAAAAUUGACAUGGGAGCUGCAGCAAACUUUGGUAAAAUGUCGCCAACCGCUGCCGGAAUACAUUCGCCUACUCAUCGUGAUACGCCAAUCAGUGGUGGAGAUGAUUUAAUUGGUAGCAACGGCAACAAUGAGGGUAGCAUUGCAUCAAUAGAUAACAAUAAUCUUAUGGGUGCACAGCAAAAGAGUGGUGGUGGCAGUAACAAUAAUAACUUACUCGAUGAUAUAUUUAAAACCUGUCCGGCACCCAACGACAAAACUUUGACUAGUGCUGCCAUCACAAGCGAUGAUUUGGACGAUUUUGACCCUCGUGCCAUCGAGUCGAAGCAAUCACAAGAAUUUGGCGAUUUCACCUCAGCCUUUGAUAGUGGAGCAUUACCUGAAUUGCCCUCGACGAACAUUGCGGCAGCCUCCACCGAUGAAUUUGCAGACUUCUCUGCAUUCCAAGGGAGUUCGGGUGCCAACACACUCAGCGGGCUAGACAAUAGUUUGUUGACGACGGCCACUCCAGCUAACGAUUCAUUUGAUUUAUUUAGCGGUACUUCAGCCACCAUUGCAGAAACAGUGGCGCCUGGAGCUUCAACAACUACAGAUCUUUUAGCAGGUUUGGGCGACUUGUCCAUUCAUCAAAGUAUGCCAAUGGUCGAGGAUGGCAUAGAAGAGACACCCAGAAUUAAGCCAAUACCUGUCAACAUUAAAAAAACACUUAAACAGGCAAUUAGUAUAUUCAAGUCUAUACCGAAAAUCACAUGUGCAGCAGAUGCCACGAAAAUUGCGAAAACAAUUGAGAAUUUGUUCAGCAGCGGUGUUCUACCCGGAUAUUGCACGCCGGAGAAAAUUAUUGGCUUCGACAAGGAUGCUUUGGACUGGUCAGAAAUCGCCUCAUACGAAUAUACGGAAAUCUUGAUGAGUCUCAUAAGACUCUUCAGUCGCGAGUGGCCGGGUAUUCGCUCAUCAGCUGAAGAUGUGCAAGUUUUCAACCUUUUUAAAGUUGACUACAGUUUUGCUUUCAUUUAUGAAACUUUUUAUUCGCUCAACAAAUACCUAUCCAUAUUGGACGAGGAUGGGGCCACAACCAUAGUCUAUGUAUUGUCGGAGCUCAUGAAUGAUUCGCAACUAUUACCUUUGGCCAUCCUGCAUAUAUGCCGCGCACAAUCUGUACUGACACCUGAGCUGGCUGAACUGGGAUUAAAUACAUUACCUACGUCGAAAAUCGAAGAAAUCAACACGGAUGUCACAGAGUUUUUGCAAAUUAUUAUUUCCCUACCGAAUCGCGUAGCCAAUAAAUUGGGUCAGAACUUGCCAGAUGCAUUUAUACCCCAUAAUUAUGCUCAUAAACUACUCCAGCAUUUACUUUGCGCUUUGAAUUUCAUCUUCAAAUGUGAAAACAUUUCGUGUUUCAACUUGGAAUUUUGCAGCAGAUUAUUAAGUCGAAUAAUAAGAAACUUCUGCAAUUUCGAACAAGGUGACAGCAAGUUAUACGAGUUCUUGAAAAUAAUGGAUGAGUUUGCCAAGUUGUCAGGACCGCGUAUUGUCAUACAGAAAAUGUUUAAUGCAUUAGACCCGAAUGCUAUACAUAAAGCAGGCUUUGCUGUGUUGCUCACCGCGCCAGAUGUCGAUGCUUAUCGUGUGCUUGGUGACGCUGCAGCCAAUUCAGCCAACUGGCAAUUUUGUUUCACACAUACAUUGGCGAUACAACAUGGCCCGAAUUCCGAGCAGGCUCUCUGCGCCUUAGUACGCUAUUUAGCAUUGAACGAUCCGAAACUGGUACAGAUAGUCUUCCAGCAACUGCUUAGUGUUUGGUCGAAGCGUACCACUUUGCUGAGACUAUCGGAAAAAGAGCACUUAACGAUUGGCAAAUUACUUAUAGCAACGGCUAAACAAUUAUUUGAUGAACAACAAGAUAAAAAAUUUCACAUGUUGAAUGACAACGAAUACAAACGUUAUCUCCAUGAUAUUUUACGUUUCCAUUUGGAAAGUGCUGAUGUGGUUCAAAGGCAUAUUGGCAUGAAGGUGGUGGAGUUGAUAUUCAAUUAUAUGGAAGACCAACAGACGAAAGAGGAGGAUCGUCUACACUUCGAAUAUGCGGAUGUUUUGAAAUUGUCACGUGGCAGACUGAUAACGGAACUUGAUAGCAUAGCAAAUAACUACAAACAACCUAAGAAAGAUGAUGCAGUGGGCGCAGAAUUUAAUUUAAUUAGAUUAACAAAUUUAUUGGAAAGUUUCAUAAAAGAAACGACUGAAAUGUCAAAAAAUGUUACACCAAAGUCAUCUUCUCCACCGGUUGAUGUGCCUUUGAAUUGUGUCGAAAUAUCAACGAAAUCAAUGGAACUAGAUUCAGAUGAUGAUGAGGAAGAGUAUAAACCUUAUAAUAUGUCGAACGACACGUCAAUUGUAGCAGAGAAACGUCCCAAGUUUCUGCUGGAUUUAUUACACACCUUGAGUACAAAACCAGAUAACUAUGAAGUCUUUGAGGCCGCCAUAUCUGCAGCAGAACAAUUGAUCCGUUCACAAUUGUCACAGCAGGACUCCAGCCUUGCUAUUGACAUUUUGCGACUCUUCGUUCCACUCGAAAUGCAUUAUUACUAUGAGGACUUCGAGCGCAUGAAAUUCAAAUGUGGCGUGGCAGUUUGUGUAUCUGUACCAGGCUCCUCUGCCAAGUAUCUAUGUCGGGAAUUUCACACCGAUAAUACAUGUUAUAACGCCACAUUGCGCAUUCUCAUGCUACAAAUAAUGGCUGCCGCUGCCAAAGAACUCUCUGGUAUAACCGGUGAAGCAGAAAAUAACACUGAAGCCCCACUCCUACCAACCCCCGCAAAACAUCCGCGCAAAUUCCACUUCGAAAAUGAACACGAAUCUCGUUUACUGGCAGCACAGCGCAUAAUACGACAACGUCUCAAAGAGAAAACUAAGCGAUUCCACAGCCGGCAGAAAGGGUUGGACUCAAAAUCCGCAAAACCGAAUCGUUUCCACAAAGUUGCAGGCACAUUUUUCUUUUCGCUUGUUCGUGGGUCACGCACUCAGCAGAUGUUGUACGUGAAGCCCGAUCACAUUGCACACGACAUUGAUACAUUGCUAUUGGUUAAUUUUCUACACACACUAACCGUAUUCGUGUUGAGCGCCACGAAUUGUCCGGUAUUGCCCGUCAUCACUCGGGAAGUUUUUGACUUGUGCACGUUUGUGCGUUUCAGCGUUGAGGCACGGGUUCGACUGGCCACAUUAGAGCUUAUUGGUGCCACCUUAGUGACCACACCAGCAUAUAUACUUAUGACACAAUUUGGGGAACGCAUUGCUGAGAUACAACAAUGGUUAGAGGAUUUAGUUAAAUCGCCGCUAUUCGGUGGCGAAACUUCAGAAGAAUGUCGUGAUAUCGCUAAUCAAAUUCUGGGCACUUGCUAUAAAUUGUACUCCGCAGAGCAAAUUGAAUAAAAUAAUUUCAACUUGCCAAAGUAAUACUUAUAUCAAAUAUGGAUAUAAUAAAUUUCGUGAAACCCUUUGUAUAUAAUUGUAUUCUUUUCUUCGCCAAUAAAAUGUUUUUUUUUAUACAAUA